AUGUCAGAAGAGGGUAAUUCACUGCAAUCGCGGUUGCGAGCCGAGUACGAGGCGUUGUUUACGUUGAAAGAGGAGAAUGGCCUGGAAAUCUACCCCAUCUUUAAUGUGCUGCCUGUGAAAAAGGAGUAUCCGGAUUACUAUGCUCUGAUCAAGAACCCGGUGUCGUUGAACACUCUCAAGAAGCGUGUGCCGCACUACACCGAUCCGCAGAGCUUUGUGAACGACGUGGUGCAGAUACCGUGGAAUGCAAAGACGUACAAUACAAAGGAAUCGGCUAUUUACAGGUAUGCUGGGAUCCUAGAGAAGUAUGUGAAGGAGCAUCUGGUUCCAAACUUGCAGAAGUUCUAUCCUCAGGUGGAAUAUCCUUAUCUGGGGCCGCUGCCCGAUGAGAUCGAAGCUCAUAGGAAAUUGCAUCCAGGCGGAACGCUGCCAGCACCUAGGAACACAGUUACGAUUAAGACGAGGAGAAACCGGGAGCGCGACGCCAGCGUGGGACCGGGAGAGGCGGAAGAGGAGGAGGAGGACGAGGAGUACAAUGUCGAAGAAGAGGAUGACGAGGAGUAUACAGAAGGGAGAAGGCUUCCACAUCUCAAGCUCACUCUGCACAGAGGGAUGCACCAAGCACACUCGCCGCCAUCGCAGCACCGGUCGCACUCAUCCACGCCAAAACCGUACGGAAGGCAUCAGCAGCAGAGAACUCACAUGAGACGUGGCAGACCACCAGUGAUCGAUUUGCCUUAUGUUCAGAGAAUCAAAAAUGUGCUGAAGAUGCUGAAGAAGGAGAUUGACGAUGAGAACGAGCCUCUGACCGCUACGUUUGAAAAACUGCCGGAUGAGAUGCGCGACGCCAAAUACUACACUAUGAUAUCGAAUCCUAUUUGCCUCGAGGAGAUCAGGAAAAAGGUCAAGACCCGUAAAUACAAGGACUUCCAGGCGUUUCAGAAUGAUUUUACUCUGAUGUUGACGAAUUACCGACUGUAUCAUCGUGCAGAACCGCACUACAUGAAACGAGCAGCCGUCUUAGAGAAGAAGUUUAAUGUGUUUGCACGCCACGAGUUGUCCAAACCGGAUAGGGAUUACAUGCCUGAAGGUGAGUUACGUUACCCUAUGGAUGAGUUGAAUCUCAAUGGGAAGAACUACAAAAUUGGUGAUUGGGUCCUUCUCGAAAAUCCCAACGAUGCGACUAAACCUACUGUGGCUCAAAUUUUCAGGCUUUGGAGUACAUCUGAUGGCAGAAGGUGGCUGAACGGAUGUUGGUAUUUAAGACCUGAACAGACGGUACACAGGGUCGACAGAUUGUUUUACAAGAACGAAGUCGUCAAAUCGGGACAGUAUAGAGACCAUUUGGUCGAGGAAAUUGUUGGAAAAUGUUACGUCAUCCAUUUCACUAGAUUCCAACGUGGUGAUCCAGACAUCAAAUUGGAAGGACCACUCUUUGUUUGUGAGUUCCGUUAUAAUGAAAAUGAAAAGAUUUUCAACAAGAUAAGAACUUGGAAGGCAUGUCUACCGGAGGAGAUUCGAGACCAGGAAGAAGUGACAAUUCCUGUAAAUGGCAGGAAAUUUCUCAAGUAUCCAUCUCCUUUAAAACACCUUCUACCACCAAACGCAUCCUACAACGACCCCAUACCUCAGCCCACUGAGGGCGCUGUCAAUGCUCCGCCUCUGAUUGGUGCAGUCUACCUGAGACCAAAACUAGAGAGGGAUGACCUUGGAGAGUAUUCAACAUCCGACGAUUGUCCACGUUAUAUCAUCAGACCAGGCGACCCGCCUGAGGAAGGUAAAAUUGACUUCGAAACAAGCACAAUUUUAACUAACACCACUACCGCGACUGCCUUACCGAAAACAAGCCAGUCAAAUUCCAGGCUCGCAUCCCUGAAACACAACAGAUCCGGCACCGGCUUGAGUGGGAUGAGGAAUGGGUUGUAUUCUUCACCUAUUGGCUCUGCAGCCGCGUUAGCGAACGCAUCGCAGGGUAGUAGGUUGGGGACCCCGAACGGUCUGGGUCCCGGCCAGCAGUUGACCGUACAGGGUCUCAAGCAACAUCAGCUCAACAAACAGCAGCUGCAUCUUCAACAGCAACAACAGCACAAGAGGUCACAAGCGUCCGGCUACAAUCUCGCGACCGUCGUAAACAACCUCGCGGCACAAGCGUCCAAGACCUCCUUGGGAUACAUUUCAAUCGACGCUCCGAGCUCGUUUGUCCUGCCCAUCUCAAUCACCAAGAAUGUCGAUGUGUUGCAACGCGAGGACUACGAUAGCCAGGUAAGAAGGCUUGGCAAAGACCAGGUGCCCAGAAGAAAACGUCACAAAGGUGAGGUGCUAUGGUUUAGAGGUCCCAGCGUGGCUAUCGAAGAGAGGCUUCUGAACUCCGGCGACAAGCGUCUGCAGCCACCGCUCAACAGAUGGUUUUCAAAGAACGUGAACAAGAAACCAAAACCAAAGCUUGACUAUGAGGAGAUAGAAGAACUCGUGGACACAAACGAAAUUGAUAUGGAAGAGGACGACGAUUCCGAAGAUUCAGAAUACGAUAUAACCCUCGACCAGGAGGACGAAGCCCUCCCAGAUUCCUUCCCACUCGGUCUGCGCCCGUCAGCUCGCUUUAUGGCCUUUAAGCUGGCAGCACGUGACAAGAGUGCCGAAACGGAGUCAAUAUAA